AUGGGUGACCAUACUCCCACCAUAGACCAACCAGGGAAGGCAAUGGGUGACAUUACUCCCACCAUAGACCAACCAGGGAAGGCAAUGGGUGACUAUACUCCCACCAUAGACCAACCAGGGAAGGCAAUGGGUGACCAUACUCCCACCAUAGACCAACCAGGGAAGGCAAUGGGUGACUAUACUCCCACCAUAGACCAACCAGGGAAGGCAAUGGGUGACUAUACUCCCACCAUAGACCAACCAGGGAAGGCAAUGGGUGACAUUACUCCCACCAUAGACCAACCAGGGAUGGCAAUGGGUGACUAUACUCCCACCAUAGACCAACCAGGGAAGGCAAUGGGUGACCAUACUCCCACCAUAGACCAACCAGGGAAGGCAAUGGGUGACCAUACUCCCACCAUAGACCAACCAGGGAAGGCAAUGGGUGACCAUACUCCCACCAUAGACCAACCAGGGAAGGCAAUGGGUGACCAUACUCCCACCAUAGACCAACCAGGGAAGGCAAUGGGUGACCAUACUCCCACCAUAGACCAACCAGGGAAGGCAAUGGGUGACCAUACUCCCACCAUAGACCAACCAGGGAAGUCAAUGGGUGACCAUACUCCCACCAUGGACCAACCAGGGAAGGCUAUGGGUGACUAUACUCCCACCAUAUACCAACCAGGGAAGGCAAUGGGUGACCAUACUCCCACCAUAUACCAACCAGGGAAGGCAAUGGGUGACUAUACUCCCACCAUAGACCAACCAUGGAAGGAAGUGGGUGACCAUACUCCCACCAUAUACCAACCAGGGAAGGCAAUGGGUGACCAUACUCCCAUCACAGACCAACCAGGGAAGGAAGUGGGUGACCAUACUCCCACCAUAGACCAACCAGGGAAGGCAAUGGGUGACCAUACUCCCACCAUAAACUGA